UUACCAAUUACAACAACGUGUUAGACGCAAAUUCAGAUUCUGACGAUGAAGACAAAUUACACAUAGUGGAAGAGGAAAGUGUUACAGAUGCGGCAGAUGGCGAGGGCAGUGUGCCAGAAGACGACUUGCCAACCGACCAAACAGUAUUAGCAGAAGGCAGCGAAAGUGUGAAGAAAACUUGCUGGGAUGAUGAAGAUGCGACAGACGUCAAUGAACUCCUGGGGCCUGAAGCUGAGUUGGAUGAUCUAGAAAGUGCAGUUCACGAUGAAGAAUGUGACUCCGAUGUAGAAAAUGAACAAAACCAUGAUCCUAAUGUGGAAGAGUUCCUCCAGCAAGGUGAUACGGCUGUCAUCUAUCCAGAAGCACCCGAGGAUGACCAGAGGCAGGGCACGCCCGAGGCUAGUGUCCAUGAUGAAAAUGGAACUCCAGAUGCAUUUUCCCAGCUCCUUACCUGCCCAUACUGUGAUAGGGGAUACAAGCGCUACACAUCGUUGAAGGAACACAUUAAAUACAGGCACGAGAAGAAUGAAGAUAACUUCAGCUGUUCUAUGUGCAGUUAUACGUUUGCCUAUAGAACUCAGCUCGACCGUCACAUGACCUCACAUAAGUCAGGAAAAGAUCAGAGGCAUGUAACACAGUCUGGAGGAAACCGUAAAUUCAAAUGCACUGAAUGCGGAAAAGCUUUCAAAUACAAACAUCAUCUAAAGGAACACUUACGGAUUCACAGUGGAGAGAAGCCAUAUGAGUGCCCAAACUGCAAGAAGAGAUUUUCCCAUUCUGGUUCUUACAGUUCCCACAUAAGCAGUAAAAAAUGCAUUGGAGUUAUUCCUGUUAAUGGACGCGCACGAUCUGGAUUAAAAACCCCUCAGUGUUCUUCCCCAUCCCUCUCAGCAUCCCCUGGUAGCCCCGUGCGGCCACCGAUUCGACAAAAGAUGGAGAACAAGCCUUUACAGGAACAACUUCCAUUAAACCAAAUUAAGACUGAACCUGUGGAUUAUGAAAUAAAGCCCAUAGUGGUUGCAUCAGGAAUCAACUGUUCGGCCCCUUUGCAAAAUGGGGUCUUUAGUGGUGUAAGCCCUCUGCAGGCAACCAGUACUCCUCAGGGUUUGGUACAAGCUGUUGUUCUACCAACUAUGGGCCUGGUAUCGCCUAUUAGUAUUAAUCUUAGUGACAUUCAAAAUGUUCUAAAGGUGGCUAUGGAUGGGAAUGUAAUCAGACAAGUGUUAGAAAAUAGUCAUGCAAGUCUUGCAUCCAAAGAACAAGGGACACUCACCUCGAUUCAGCAAGCGGGUCAUUCUGUCAUUUCAGCUAUUAGUCUUCCUCUGGUUGAUCAAGAUGGAACAACCAAAAUCAUCAUAAACUACAGUUUAGAGCAACCAACACAGCUUCCAGUUGUUCCACAAAAUUUAAAGAAAGAAGUUCAAGCAGAAGUUUGCAAGGCAGAAAAAUUACCAGAAGAUCUCACAAUUAAAACCGAAAAAGACACAAAGUUUACAGCGGACAGCACUUGCACGAUUUCUGACGAUGGUCCACAAAACACAAAUGCACUUCAAGAACCCAAGCACUAUGACCAGAAAAAGAGUGAUCUACUGCUUCCUGAAAGUAGUAAAGCUGAACCUAAGUCAGAGUCCUCCUCUGUGGACACCACAGAUGCAAAUCUCGUUCCUAGUCAACCACCAUUGAAGAACCUCCUCUCUCUCCUAAAAGCUUACUAUGCGCUAAAUGCGCAGCCGAGUGCCGAAGAACUUUCUAAAAUUGCUGAUUCGGUUAAUCUACCACUGGACGUGGUAAAAAAGUGGUUUGAAAAAAUGCAACGUGGAGAAAUUUCUGUUCCGUCAUCAAGGUCAUCUUCUCCAACAUCUGAACCCAAUGGUGACUUGACAGAGAAAAAUACUGAAACAAAAGACGAAGACAGAGUUCAGAAUGGCGUAUCUGAUCCCCCUAAGAAUGAGCCCUCUCAACCAUUGACCACAAAUGGUUCUACGAGUGGCACAACCUCUCCAUCACCACUAAACCUCUCUUCUUUAAAAAACUCAGACGAUGCAACAACCUCUGACGAGGGACAGGGCCCCUCGCAGCAGCAAGUAGAACCUCUAGACUUAUCCUUACCAAAGCAGCUUGGAAAUGUACCGGAACGACCUUCCAUAACUAGCGUUUACCAGAGCAGUGUUUAUUCUGUUCAAGAAGAACCCUUGAACUUAACUUGUGUUAAAAAAGAACCAAUGCAAAUGGACAGUGUCACAAAGUUGGAGCCAGCUCUACUUUUAAACCCAAGUGCCAAUCCCAUAAACAUUGCAAUUCCUACAGUCACUGCCCAGUUACCUACUAUUGUUGCCAUUACCGAUCAGAACAGUGUACCCUGUUUAAGAGCACUAGCUGCCAACAAACGGACUAUCCUGAUUCCUCAAGUGACAUAUACUUAUGCUACAGCUCCUACGCCUACAGUUCCUGAACCACAACAAAAAAGCCUCCAAACAAAUGGGAUUCAGGAUGAGAGACAGGAUACCAGUUCCGAGGGAGUGUCAAAUGUAGAAGAUCAAAAUGACUCCGAUUCCACUCCACCCAAAAAGAAACUGAAGAAGACGGAGAAUGGGCUGUACGCCUGUGACCUGUGUGAUAAAAUAUUCCAGAAGAGCAGCUCCCUGCUGAGGCACAAGUAUGAACAUACAGGAAAGCGGCCGCAUGAGUGUGGAAUCUGUACAAAGGCAUUCAAACACAAACACCAUUUAAUUGAACAUAUGCGUCUCCAUUCUGGAGAGAAGCCCUACCAAUGUGACAAGUGCGGUAAGAGAUUUUCACACUCCGGAUCCUAUUCCCAACACAUGAACCAUCGUUACUCGUACUGCAAGAAGGAGGCAGAGGAACGUGAUGGCAUGGAGCAUGAAGAGACUUUACAGGAGACCCUCAGCAACGAUCACGUAGAUUCCCAAGCCUCUCCAUCUCAGAUAGACUCUGAUGAACAUGAGAGCAUAACACGGGAAGACGAGAGCGAGAAGGAGGAAGAGGACGAGAAAGAUACGGAUGAUGGACAGGAUGAAAAAGAAAGUGUUCAAAUGCACGAUCUUGAAGAGCCAGAGUUAGGGGUUGAACCAGGACCAUUGGAAGGUACCUUGAAGGAUGAUGAAUGUGUAGAUAAAAUAGAAAAUUUGGAACCAGAAGUUGCCGAAAAUCACGUGUCAGAAAUUGAGGCUGCCAACCCUUAGCUGGUCUUCUCUUUUAUUUUCCACUAUGGAAAAGUCUUUUGACGUUCAAAUGAAGUUUAUUCUAUAUUAUACAUGCUUUUCUCUGAAACACAGUGGUGCGUAUACUGUGAUUUCUAUUCACUACUGUGUUAAAACAAAAAAACAAAAAAAAAAAUAUCCAGGUGUGCCUGAAUCUCAAACUUAGAAAUUUUUCGCAGCAAUUUUAAAAUUUAGGAAAUGCGUUUUACCUGCAGUGUCCAGUAUAUAAUGACUACAAUGAAGUUGAAUGGGGUUUUAAGGAACCUGCUCAUAUUUACAUCUGGAAACAACAUUUCUUUUAUCAGUAUUACGUUUUGUUAUUGUGUUGGUUAGUUUGUACAUUUGGGAGAAAAAUUUCUAUCUUUUUUUUUUUUUUUUUUUUUUUUUUUUUUUUAUUAUAAUUAUUAUUACCGUUACAGACAUCUACUAAAAACUGCUUCAGUAUUUUAUUUUAUAAAAGAAAUGUGAGUAUAACUGCACUACAAAAAUUCCUUUACAAAAUAAUACAUAUUUUAAAUGCUACUACUACCUGGUAAUGUCCAGGACAUGGUAGAGUUUUAUAGAUAAUAUAGUUUGAAGAAAAAAAUUAUAAUUUACAGCAUAUUUUCUAGCCUUAAGACAGCGGCGUGGAAGGAAGGGGUGUGUUCUUAUCAAUGAGUUACAAAAUUAUCGUUUUGUUUUGUUUUUUCAUGAAACUCCUAUUUGCAGGGACUAACAGUUUAUUCUGAGAAAUAAAUCUGCAAACAUCAGUGUUCAUAUUUGCUUGAAAUGUACCGUACCUAUAUGAAGGAUUUAAAGCUAUGUAUCUUCUCUUGGCCUUAUGCAAGACUUUCUGUGCUGUAAGUGCCAUUCUUCAGUAUUUUAAAGGCUUCGCCUUUAUUUAAUGGUGGUCUGUAAUCACUAGCAUUUGUAGUAUUGGUAUUCUCUCUUCUAAGUAGCUAAAGCCAACAAAUCUUUUAAUCAAAAUUCUAAUUCCAGUCUUUAUCUUUUUUUUUUUUAUAAUCACGGCCUUCCUCGUGGAAUAAAAAAAAAGAAACAAAUUGCCAAUAUUUGCUCCGAAAUGCUAACUAUUAUAGACCUCGUUUAUCAAUGGUGUUAGAUAAAAAAAAUUACCUAUCAGUAUUAUUUUUAAGUUCUUUUAGUUUUAGGUCUGUGCAAGUUUUGUUUUUUUGUUUGUGUACUGUAUGUCUUCAAAGCCUGGCAGUAUUAAUACCCUUCUUACUGACCUGUACCUUUUUAGUUUUAGAAAACUUUUAUAUUUAUGUGUCUUAUUUUUAUAUUUCUUUAUUUAUUACAGUCUAGUGUAUAAAACUGUAGUUUGUAUUAAUACAAUAAUAUAUUUUAGUAUGAAAUUUUGGAAAGUUGAUAAGAUUUAAAGUAGAGCUACAAAAUGGUUCUUCUUGCAUUGAGAUUUGAUUUCAAACAGUGUUAACAUUUAUACUUGCCUUGGACUGUAGAACAGGUUAAUUUAAGACAGGAAUGUAUUAGAUUUACACUUGCAAUCAAAUCCUUGUUACCGUUGUCUGGAUUUUGAUAUGGAAAGGAAACUUUUUGAAAUUCACUGUGAGACUUGCGGCCCGAUGCCAAGCAGUUUAUUUCAGAUUAACGUUAAACACCACAAUUAUUGUCCUUAGCAAGCCAAAUUAGAUGAUUUUACGAAACAGUAUUUGGGAAGUGGGAACAAAGUUUAACAUAUUUUUUUGUGCCAAUUAGUUCUUGUAUUCAUGUGUUUUUUGUUUUGUUUUGUUUUGUAUGUUUUUGGCAGGGAAAAAAAGAAGCAAAUGAAACAUACCUUUUUAUGUUCAUUGUAAUAUCAUAGUCAUUUUCUAGUUUUUUACCAAGCUCCCUCUCUCACAAUAAAAUACAUCAACAAGUUA